AUGGCUACACACGCCACAAAUACAUCCCCCCUGGACGUCGACCCGUCCAAGAUCCCCCUCUCCCUAGCCUCAUGCUCCAUCGGCCUGCCCAAGCACUCCCUCCACCAGAAGCUCGAGGCCAUCUCGCAGGCCGGGUUCAAGGGCAUCGAGCUCUCCUUCCCGGACCUGCUCUCCCACGCCAACGAGCUCGUCCGCAUCGGCCAGAUCCAAACACCACCCAACAGCAACAAGGUCGACGAUGAGGGCGUGGCAGAGGACGACUGGCCCGCCCUGCGCGAGGCGGCAAAGUCCGCCGCGCACCUCUGCGCCACGCACGGCCUGCAGAUCCUCGUCCUGCAGCCCUUCGCCAACUUCGAGGGCUGGCCCCCUGCCAGCCCGGAGCGCGAGGCCGCAUUCGCCCGCGCGCGCGGGUGGCUGACCAUCAUGGAGGCGGCCGGCUGCCCCAUGCUGCAGGUGGGCAGCACCGACUCGCCCGCCGCGUCGGGCGACCGGGACCGCCUCGCGGCCGACCUGGGCGAGCUGGCGGACCUGCUGAGACCGAAGGGGUUCCGCAUCGCGUACGAGAACUGGUGCUGGGCGACGCACGCGCCUGGCUGGAAGGACGUCUGGGAGAUCGUGAAGCUCGCGGGCCGCGACAAUAUCGGGCUGUGCCUGGAUACGUUCCAGUCUGCGGGCGGCGAGUGGGGGGACCCGACGACCGAGUCGGGGAAGGUGGAGCGCGGCAAGGACGGCGGCGUGGACGAGGAAGGGCUGAACAAGUCGUGGCAGGACAGCCUGCGCGAGCUGGCCGCCACCGUGCCCGCGGACAGGAUCUACUUCCUGCAGAUCAGCGACGCGUACCGGAUGCAGCCGCCGCUCGUGCCCCGGCCGGAGCCCAACGACGACACCGGGCUGCGGCCCCGCGGGAGGUGGAGCCACGACUAUCGCCCGCUGCCGUACGACGGAGGGUACCUACCCAUCGCGGACUUCACGCGGGCCGUGCUGGGGACUGGAUUCCGCGGGUGGCUGAGCGUAGAGGUCUUUGACGGGCAGUUUGAGAAGAAGUACGGGGAGGACAUGAAAGGGUUCGCGGAGAAGGCGAGGGACAGCACACUGAAGCUGGAUGGCCAAGAACAACCCAUGCCAAACGGAGACGACCACGAUGGCGAGACAGGGCAGAUCAACGAGGGCAGCGGCCAGUCCGGCUCCAUGCAGGCGCAGAGGAUACAGCGGAUCCGAGGCAACUACGAGGGCGAGACGAGGGAGCUUCCGAGCGGGCAGGACUGGCCUCGGAGUCACAGCGGGGACGUCACACUCGAGGAGAGGCGUGAAAUGGCCGAGGGAGGCGGCGGUGCUUAG